GCCCGCCGCCGCGAGUGCCCGGCGGCCAUCUGCGUCGGCGUCGUCGUCCAGCGAGAUUUCCGCCCCCCGCGCGCAGGAGAGUGAUGCUCGCUGAAAGCAACUGGUGGUGCUUACAACAGUGUCUCUGAACUCAGAUUGCUGUCUCCCCUGCACACAAUAUGGAUGAAGAAAAUGUUGUUGAGCUGCUGCAACGUUAUCGCCGUGACCGUCAUGUAUUACUCAACUACAUGCUUUCUGGUAACUUGAUCAAGAAAGUUGUAAUGCCACCUGGUGCCAUCUCUUUGGAUGAUGUGGACAUAGAUCAAGUCAGCGUUGAUUAUGUCCUCAAUUGUGCUAAGAAAGGUGAACCACUUGACCUUGGAGAUGCCAUCCGGCUUUUUCAUGACAGCCUUGACUACCCUUAUGUGAAUAACAGUGGAACUGUGGAAGAGUUCUUUUUACUUACAAAACCAGAACACUCUGGACCAGCGCCAGCGAGAGAACCACCACCUACCCCUGCCAUUGCACCGUCACCUGUUGUGAUACCGCCACCAGUCAUGGAUCCACCACCAGUUGCUGUGCAUUCACCAGUCUCUACUGCAAACUUAUCAAAAUCACAAUCAUUUGAUUCUCCAACUGAGAAGGAGUUAACCAUAGAUGACAUUGAAGAUUUUGAGGAUGAAGAAGAUGAAUUCGAUAGCCGAAGGGCUUCUAGAAGACAUCAAAGUGAUGCCAAUGAUUUAUCAUUGCGGUUGCCACUAUUUGAAACAGGUAUAACAGAUGAUGACCUUCGUGAAACAGCAUAUGAAAUUCUUGUUGCUGCUGCUGGUGCUUCAGGAGGACUUAUAGUUCCACAGAAAGAAAAGAAGAAAGAGAAGAAAAAUAAAUUAAUGAGGAAACUCGGACGUAGUAAGAGUGAGAGUACUCAAUCCCAAACUCAGCGGCAACCAGGUUUGGUUGGUUUGCUUGAGACCAUGCGAGCGCAACUUGAGAUAACAGAGUCCAUGGAUAUUAGAACUAGACAAGGAUUGCUCAAUGCCAUGGUAGGCAAAGUUGGAAAACGGAUGGACAAUCUCUUGAUUCCUUUGGAACUACUGUGCUGUAUCUCAAGAGCUGAGUUUUCAGACAUGAAAGCAUAUCUUCGUUGGCAGAAGAGACAGCUAAACAUGCUGGAGGAGGGCCUUAUAAACCAUCCCGUUGUUGGAUUUGGAGAGUUAGGUCGAAAGGUCAAUGAGCUACGGAAUCUCUUCAGAAAGAUUGAAGAAUCUGAGUCAUUGCCACCAUCUGCUGCUGAGGUUCAACGCACAGAAUGCCUAAGAUCACUAAGAGAAGUUGCUACUUCUCUCUCUGAAAGGCCUGCACGGGGUGAUCUUACUGGUGAGGUUUGUCACUGGGCUGAUGGCUACCAUCUGAAUGUGGCAUUGUAUGAGAAAAUGCUUGGCAGUGUUUUUGACAUCUUGGAUGAGGGAAAGCUUACAGAGGAGGUGGAAGAAAUCCUGGAGCUCCUAAAAUCAACUUGGCGGAUACUAGGCAUCACAGAGACAAUUCAUGAUACAUGUUAUGCAUGGGUAUUAUUUAGACAGUUUGUUUUUACGGGUGAGCAAGGACUCUUGAAAGUUGUGAUUGAGCAUUUGAGGAAGAUACCUUUGAGGGAGCAGCGUGGUCCACAGGAAAGAUUGCACUUGAAAAGUUUGCGUAGUUCUGUUGAUGCUGAGGAUAGUUAUCAAGACUUCACAUUUUUCCAGUCUUUCCUAUCUCCUGUUCAGAAAUGGGUGGACAAGAAAUUGAAUGAUUAUCACCUACACUUCUCAGAGGGCCCUAGCUUGAUGGCUGAUAUUGUAACAGUGGCAAUGGUUAUUAGAAGAAUUCUUGGUGAAGAAAAUAACAAGGGUAUGGAGUCGCCUGAUCGAGAUCAGAUUGACCGUUACAUUACAUCUUCUGUCAAAAGUGCUUUCGCGAAGAUGGCACACUUGGUAGAGGUUAAAGCAGAUACAACACAUGAACAUGUUCUAGCAUCUCUAGCUGAGGAGACAAAGAAACUUCUGAAGAAGGAUACAGCUGUAUUUUCACCGAUUUUGUCAAAAUGGCACCCACAGUCUGCAGUUGUUUCUGCUUCACUUCUCCAUAAACUUUAUGGAAUUAAAUUGAAACCAUUUCUUGAGCAUGCGGAGCAUCUUACGGAGGAUGUGGUUUCUGUAUUUCCGGCAGCCGAUGAUUUGGAGCAGUACAUAAUGUCUAUUAUGGCUUCUGUUGUGGGAGAUGAUGGUUUGGACAGCAUAUGCAGGCAAAAGCUAGCCCCUUAUCAGAUUGAAAGUAAAUCCGGAACGUUGGUGUUACGCUGGGUAAACGGGCAGCUCGAGAGAAUUGAAACUUGGGUUAAAAGAGCUGCUGAACAAGAGGCUUGGGAUCCUAUAUCCCCUCAACAACGCCAUGGGGCUUCUAUUGUCGAAGUCUACAGAAUCAUAGAAGAGACUGCAGACCAAUUUUUUGCAUUCAAGGUCCCCAUGCGAACUGGAGAAUUAAAUAGCCUCUGCCGUGGUUUUGACAAGGCAUUUCAAAUUUAUACACAGCUUGUUACCGAACCAAUAGUUGAUAGAGAAGAUUUAAUUCCGCCUGUUCCUGUUCUUACUCGAUAUAAAAAGGAGAUUGGAAUCAAGGCUUUUGUGAAAAAGGAAAUUCAUGAAGUUAGAACAGUUGAUGAGAGGAAAGCAAGUGAAAUAAUACAACUUACUAUGCCAAAGCUUUGUGUACGGCUUAACAGCCUAUAUUAUGGCAUCAGCCAGCUAAGCAAGCUGGAGGACAGCAUAAGUGAGCGGUGGGCUAAGAGGAAAAGUGAGAGCAUUAACAUCAGACGAUCAAUGAGCGAGAAAUCAAAGAGUGCUGUCUCGAGUCAGAAGAAUCAAUUUGAUGGCAGCAGAAAGGAAAUCAAUGCUGCAAUUGAUCAAAUAUGCGAGUUUACAGGGCUAAAGGUUAUCUUCUGGGACCUGCAGCAGCCAUUUAUUGACAAUUUGUACAAAAACAAUGUUUCUCAAGCUCGUCUGGAUGCUAUUAUGGAAGUGCUUGAUACGGUGCUUAAUCAGCUUUGCAAUGUCAUUGUGGAGCAACUACGGGAUCGUGUGGUUACAGGGCUUCUACAAGCAUCUCUGGAUGGCCUACUCCGUGUGAUACUAGAUGGAGGUCCUACACGUGUCUUCUCUCCAAGUGAUGCCACUCUUUUGGAAGAAGAUCUUGAAAUUCUUAAGGAAUUUUUUAUAUCUGGUGGAGAUGGCCUGCCUCGUGGAACUGUUGAAAAUUUGGUCUCACGUGUUCGCCCUGUGAUAAAUCUUAUCAGACAAGAGACUCGUGUGCUCAUUGAUGACCUACGAGAAGUUACCCAAGGUGCUAAAAGCAAGUUUGGAACCGAUUCCAAAACCCUGCUUAGGGUCCUUUGCCACAGAAAUGAUUCAGAGGCAUCACACUAUGUGAAGAAGCAGUUCAAGAUACCCAGCUCAGCUCCUGCCACCUAAUUCCUAAAACCAAGUGAUUUUCGUGGAUACUGUACAGCCAAUGGAAUGUUUCUCGGCCUUGCGACCCUGGAAAUCAUGUCCAGUAUCCGCUUCCCUGAUUGUAAGUUCAUGUAACAUUUGUGUAUUAUUAGCAGUAGGAGCUAGGGUGCCCACUGACUGCAGUACAGCACUUGUACACUAGUUCUGGUACACUGGCCUGAUUAAUUGGUUGUUUUAGGCUUUAGAAUUUGGGAAGGUUAGUUUUUUUUUUUUGGUUUUAUUUGGUCCUUUUGUGGUCUGUGAUUAUUUGGAACCCAUGAUCAGAAAUGUCGGGGAACAGAACGAAUGUUCGACAAAUCUGUCACUCAUUUUU